AUGGAGCUUGGCAUCAUACAUAGAUUACAGGACCACGACGACUCGAUCAGUACCACGAUCAGCUUACCCAUCCAUCCGAGGGCACCCCCCGGGGCCAGGCAUAUUAGUGCUCACAGCGUCAAACACCUCACCGGCUCUCCGCUUCCUGACGGUAUCACUGCCAUUUCCCAUUCAGUUCAUUCUUCUGCUCCAGCCUCAUCUCUCUUCUCCUCCUUCCCUCAACUGAACACCCCUCUACGUGCUCAAUUAUAUUGGUCUCCACCUCUUAAACCUCAGAGACCUCUACAAUUCCCUUGCGGCAUGAAGGACGACAGACCACCCUUUCAGCAGCGUUAUCUCCAUCAACAACAACGACAGAGUAGUUUCUGCCGUGAAGUAGCCACUAACCGGAGCAGCGGGGUGGCGAAGAGGCCGAAUCCCGACGUGGAGUCCAAGGAGAAGGCAGGAGAUGAGUCGAACAUCGAGGUGGCCAAGCGGCUACGUGGACGGCCGCCAGGGUCCAAGAACAAGCCCAAGACGUCCGUCGUCAUCGAGCGCGAGGCCGAGCCCGCCGCCGCCAUGCGACUGCACGUGCUCGAGAUCCCCUCCGGCCACGACGUCGCCGACUCGCUAGCCGCUUUCUGCCGCAGCCGCAACCUCGGCCUCUGCGUUCUCUCCGGCACCGGCGCCGUCUCCGACGUCGCUCUACGCCAGCCCCACGGAGGCAUGGCGGCCGAGGGGGCGGCCACGAUCACUUUCCGCGGCCGCUUCGAGAUCCUCUCCGUCUCGGCCACCUUCCUCCCGCAGGCGAUGGCUGUUCUGUCUCCUGCCGCCCGGGGUACAAGCAUCUCGAUCUGUCUCGCGGGACCGAGGGGGCAGGUGGUGGGCGGAACGGUGACCGGGCCUAUGGUGGCCGCAGAGACGGUGGCGUUGGUGGUGGCAGCAUUCGCAAACCCGACCUUCCACCAUCUCCCCGCCGAAGACGGCGAGUCAGUCUCUGCUCCCUUCUCCAGCGGCGGAGGAAGCCACAUGCAGGAGCACGACCAGCACGCGUACGCCCAGCGGCGCCGCCAAGGGCCAGCGGCUGAGUUGACCGCUUUGUUCAUGUGCAAUAGCCACGUGCCAUCGGACGGGAUUUGGCCACCCAUCUCUCGGCCAUCGCAACCUCCCCCUUUCUAAAUGUCUAAUUAAUUACUCCUCGCCCUUUUCCUACUUUUCCUGCACCGAGAAGAGUUCAAGACUUCCAUUUGUUAUUUAAUUAGAGUUGAUUGGAUUGUCAUGGUCACAGCAUCGUUGUCGAGGAAGAAUAUAUAUAAACAAGCCACAGCAUUAAUGUUGAUCGGAUUAGUGUAGUGCC